GCCUAUCGGCUGUGCCUAUCGAAAGAAUCUCAUCGCUGACAAAAGCGGGAACCACAGUGUUGUUUACGUUUUCUAAUUUAUAUUUUUACUUGAAAACAAUGAGCAAGAAGGCAACGCGAGCAACUAAACCCAAGCCAGAUCCUGAUGUGGUGGCCACCGGCAAGAAAUCCGCUGCCACGGCAGUGAAGAAAGUGCUCUUUGUGUCGCAGAAAUUGCUGCCAAAGGAUGCCGACGAUCGCAGACUCCAUCUGGAACGGUUUUUUCAUCCGGGACAGGGAAAAGAAGCCCUGUUUGUCACCCAUCCCGAUGGCCAGAUCAUGGAGCUGCUGGAGUAUGCAGAACCCCGCCGCAGUUGGCUCGUCAACAGCGAGGUCUGCUCCAAUGGCCGUAUAUACAUGACCACUCCGCUGGAUCCCACGCUGCUGGCAAUCCAUCACCUCCGGAAGCAUUGUGCUCAAAGAGCAAUGUCGCUGGACAACAUUGCGGUGGAAGAGGCCAGGACGAGUCGCCUGCUAACCGAGUUUCUUAACCCCGACAGCCUCAAGUGCGUGGCAGAUGUGAAGAGGUCCGGGGAUCAGAGUUUCUACAAGUACAACCAAGAGCGUACGCUGGCCUGGCUGGCCCUGAAGACGCGCCAGGUGGCCGGGAUCCUGAAGGAGAAGCAAGUCCACUGCGGCCACAGUGCCCAGUCGCAGAAUUUUGUACGCAGCGACAAACUGGCGGCGGAGAAUGCGACCAGCGAGAUGGAUUACACACGCAUGGCCAGCGAUAUUGUGGGUCGGUAUCUGGACGCCGAUCUGCACGAUCUGCUCACAGGAUAUCUGCACAUUCCGAGUGAGAUUCAAGCGAUUGUUGAGGAGAAGGCGGCUACCCAGAAGCGGAAAUCAAAGGCUGGAAAGGACGAUGGCAGCGAUUCAAAAAAGAUUAAAUUAAGUGAUAGCGAUGUAGGGGCUAAACUGAAAAGCAGCGGUCUCCUGGACAGCGAUGGGGAUCUCAAUGCCAGCGUUACGUCGCCUACAGCCACUCCCGCACCGCUGAAGGAACGCUCGCUAACCGCCAAGGAGAAAGCCCUGGCAAAGGGAGCCAAGGGCACCAAGAGCAUUGCUUCCUUCUUUAAAGUCAAGUAGAUUUAAUGGUUUCGGUGGCAUCGCAGUUUUAAUAUUAAUUUUUUUUCGUGUUCACUUUAGUGUAAUUUCCUUGCUUAUCCGCAUUUUACUUCCAACUUUUUAAAUGUUCAUAAAACGAAAUCGUUGUGUUUUGCUGCAAAAUAUUUAUAAUGCAAGACAUUUUACACAGUU